ACGCUUGUCAGGAAAAAAAGCACGCUCCAUCCGGAAGCAGCUUUUUAAGCCCCCUCGUUUGACAAUGUUGUAAUUUUCUGUUCGCACUUUGAUCGUGUAUUUUUCGCUCGAUGUCUUUCUUCCAGCGAUCGCCCUCCCGUCUUUUGUCUAUCUCCCUUUGACUUAUUCACAGUCUCUCGCACAGUCGACACUCUUCCGAGCCCUCUCCCUCGCUCUUUCUUUCCUGUCUUGUCUGGGAGGGGGAGCCCAGGCUCCGUGCUUCGCUCAGAUCAAUGCCCUGACCACUCACUUUCUGAUGUUGCACGACGGGAAAUGCUUUGAAUACUUGCGACAUGGCCGCUCACAUUGAUUGCCAAGAUUGACAGCACUUACCGUCGCCUCAAUUUGAUUCUUAAAGGAGGAAGAAGAGAAAUAACAACACAGAUCAUAACACAAAAAGCUCCUCGCAGUUCUGACAGUUGAACUUCUCCGAAAGAACGGGAUUCCCUCCCCAUGGCCCGUCGAAACACCAGAAGUCGUUAGUUUCUUCUCCCUCCUCAUUAUAGCUGUAGUGUUUUUUUUAAAAUUUAUUACAAACACCGGAACGGGAUACCGUGUGGACCGCCGUUUGUCUUUUCCAAACGGACAACAUUAAGCCCGGUCGUAAUAGCCUGGAUUCUUCUUGGACAGAACUUUCCCUGGAGGUCGCGCAAAUUGACCUUUAAAGAAUGGAUAUGCCAUAAAUUUAAAUAAACCCCUCAUCCCAAACUUGAUCCGCUGAGAGGGACAAUACACAACCUGGACAAAACAAGGUUUCCUUCACCGUUGACAAAAACUGUGCACGCGCUCCCGGACAGGGGAAACUUGACGAAAUAAUUUUCAUGAAUUCAAAAUCAACUAACCAGUGAUCACCGGGUGCUGGGGCUAAAUUCUCUCUGUUUCUCAGAAUAAUGUCUUCCAAGCAAGCCACCUCUCCAUUCGCCCCUGCCACAGACGGAGAGGACGCCAUGUCCUGGGACAAGGAGGAGUGUACGGACCCCCACAGCGCCCCCCAGCUGCCGCUACACAACCUGCUGCACAGCAAAGCGCUUUGUGAGGACCGGCCCGCCAUCAGCAGCAUCCCGCCAGAGACAGAGUGGGACAGCUUAGUGUCAGCCCAGCAACGCAUGGAAUCUGACAGCAAUAAAGUGUGUUCCCUGUACUCCAUACGGAAUAACUCUACCUCGCCACACAAGCCCGAGGAGGGGGCCCGGGAACGCCCCGACCUGCUGACCGGCUCCGCCUUCGGAACGCCGGAACGCCGCAAGGGAAGCCUGGCGGACGUGGUGGACUCCCUCAAGCAGAAGAAGCUGGAGGAAAUGACCAAGACGGAGCAGGACGAAUCCUCAUGUGUGGAGAAGCUUCUGUCCAAGGACUGGAAGGAGAAAAUGGAACGACUGAACACCAGCGAACUACUGGGAGAUAUAAAAGGUACCCCGGAGAGCUUGGCGGAGAAGGAGCGGCAGCUCUCCACCAUGAUCACGCAGCUGAUCAGCCUGCGGGAGCAGCUCCUGGCCGCUCACGACGAGCAGAAGAAGCUGGCCGCCUCGCAGAUGGAGAAGCAGCGGCAGCAGAUGGAGCUGGCCCGCCAGCAGCAGGAGCAGAUCGCAAGACAACAGCAGCAACUUCUGCAGCAACAGCACAGAAUCAACCUUCUCCAGCAGCAGAUUCAGGUCCAGGGUCACGUGCCCCCGCUCAUGAUCCCAAUCUUCCCCCAUGACCAGCGCACUCUGGCCGCCGCCGCCGCUGCUCAGCAGGGCUUCCUGUUUCCUCCAGGAAUCACGUACAAGCCAGGUGAUAACUACCCGGUGCAGUUCAUCCCCUCCACCAUGGCGGCUGCAGCAGCGUCCGGACUCAGCCCUCUCCAGCUACAGCAACUAUACGCCGCCCAACUGGCCAGCAUGCAGGUCUCUCCCGGAGCCAAAAUGGCGUCCCUCCCGCAGCCCUCCAUCUCGCCCACCGGCCUGAAGAGUGAGAAGAGAUGCUCCAGCCCCAUCACUCAAAUCAAGGACGAGGGCACGCAGCCCCUGAACCUCUCCUCCUCCCGGCCCAAGACGGCCGAGCCGCUCAGGUCCCCAGGAUCCCCCACGCACAACCUGUUCCCCGGCAACAAGGCCAGCCCCAACAGCCUGAGCAGCAAGGGCGGCAUUCCCAGCCCCCUGAGGAGCCCUCUGGGCCGCGCGUCCUCCCUGGACAUCCUGUCCAGCCUGAACUCCACGGCGCUGUUCGGGGACCAGGACGCGGUGAUGAAGGCCAUCCAGGAGGCGAGGAAGAUGAGGGAGCAGAUCCAAAGAGAGCAGCUCCAGCAGGGCAUGGACUCCAAGCUCGCUGCCCUGACCGGCAUGGGCCUCAACAACUGCAGGGCUGACAAGGAGAGGCCGGAUUUUGAGAGUUUGAGCCGCCUGGGGAAGCUGGCCGAGGAGGGGAAGGUGGGACACAGGGUGAUCGACCUGACCCGCCCCGAGGACAUGGACGGGGGCGCCAGCACGACCGAGGCGCGCGUGUACAGGGAGGCGCGGGGGAGGAGCAGCAACGAGCCACACAUCAAGCGGCCAAUGAACGCCUUCAUGGUGUGGGCCAAGGACGAGCGGCGGAAGAUCCUGCAGGCCUUCCCCGACAUGCACAACUCCAACAUCAGCAAGAUCCUCGGCUCCCGCUGGAAGUCCAUGACUAACCAGGAGAAGCAGCCGUACUACGAGGAGCAGGCGCGGCUGAGUAAGAUCCACCUGGAGAAGUACCCCAACUACAAGUACAAGCCCCGCCCGAAGCGCACCUGCAUCAUCGACGGCAAGAAGCUGCGCAUAGGCGAGUACAAGCAGAUGAUGCGCUCGCGCCGCCAGGAGAUGCGCCAGUUCUUCACCAUGGGGCAGCAGCCGCCAAUCCCCAUCAGCACCAGCGGGGGGGGCGUGGUCUACCCUGGCGCCAUCACCAUGGCAACCGCCACCCCCCCCUCCCCGCAGAUGACGUCGGACUGCUCCAGCGCCUCCGCCAGCCCGGAGCCGGCCGUCCCGGUGAUCCAGAGCGCCUACGGGCUGAAGCUGGAGGCGGGGCCGCUGCCCGGGGGGGGCGGAGCCGUCAACGGCCAGGACGACAUGGACAUGUACGAGGACUACGAGGACGAGCCCAAAUCGGACUACAGCAGCGAGAACGAGGCGCAGGACCCCGUCAGUGCCAACUGAGCCUCGCCCCACCUACCACACCCCCACCACCACCCCCCCCACCCCCCCACCCACCUACUCCACCCUAAAAAAAGUAAAUAAACCCCAGACGCUGUGGGAGAUGAUGAGAUGGGCGCAGCAGAAAGAAACCAGGAAGAGAAAGAGAAGGGACUACAAGGAGAGGAAGAAGGCAAAGGAAAAAAAACAGAUUGAAAGAGUGACUCCUUUUUUUUUUUUUUUUUUUCUGGAGCCUGAGUACAGAUUUUUGGCUCUUGGUCUUAAAGUGUUUCUUCAUGUGUGAAGCGGUUUGUUUUCAUUUUUUAUUUUCUUCAUUUUUUUUGUUUUUUGUUUUGUUCAUGGACAUUGUACACAAUUUUGAUCAUUGCCUGUAAAAAAAAAAAAAAAUGUCAGAUGUCAGGACUUGAAGUUUAACAUUUUAAUAUGAAUCCAUAGCUCUCAGUCUUACUUUUAUCUUAUGAAUAUAUUUACAUACCGGUAUUUCAUUUUCUCUUGAAUGCUUUUUCGUAGCUUAUGUUACUGUUUCUGAUGGGGGUUAUAUUAUCACUCAGGUAUGCUGUGCCAGCCUACAGCUUGUGAAUGUGUUUUUAAUCUGAACUAUUUAAGAAACAGGAGAGGAAAACACUUAGAAAUUUCAUUAGAGAUACAAACAGAACAAAUCUACAGAUGUGCAAAAAGCACAUACAGAAAGCAUUAGACUCCCAGAUUUUCCUUUAUUAUUAUUAUUAUUAUUAUUAUUAUUGAUACAUGUUUUUUUCAUUUUGUACAGUUCAGUUUUAACUUCGGAUGUGCCAAACAUUUCAUAACCUUCCUUCACAACACGCAUCUUAAAUUUCUGUUCAGUCUUAAAACAGACACUGCGAAGAGUCUUAGACAAUCUUUUGUAUCUGAAGGAGAAGGCAUAAAAUGGGCAAGAUGUCCCUCUUUUUCUCACUUUGUCCUUCCCUUCCAUUGCCGUAGUCGAGCGCUCUGGCGUCUGCGGACAGGAUGUGGAAGGGGGGGGGGGGGCACCCAAUCGCCCCUGCCCUCAGUGAGCACGGGGGGUGUUGGGUGACUGUCCCGAAUCUGCGGCCCAAAUGGUCUUAAGUCUCCAUCCCGUUGAGUCUUACCCUCUUAAAGAGGUCUUAAAACCAGAGACUUUGAUAAUGGGUCCAGUUCGCCCAGGGGCCAAAGGGUUCCAGUCUGUGGAAUUGGGACAGUAGCGAGAGAGACCGAUUUUGGAGGCUUUUGCGGUUGCUGCAAUGUGACGGGUGCAGUACAACCUCUUAAACGUCCUACCCCCUAGCGGGACACCAAUUUUUAAAUUCCUUGAUCUUAAAAUCAGAUUGUUUUUCUGCACUUAAGUCUAUACAGACGUCGAAAAUCUUGAUCAACACAGGAAGUCUUAAUGCUGUCCUCUCGGAGGCCUGAGCAUCAUUAAUAAAAGUCUUAAGAGAAACGGCGGUUUUAUUUUCCCCAGUACCGGCAGCUGCGCUUCUGCGUUUCAACACCACUGUGUCAUUACAGGUCACUGUUGACUCGAUAUCCCCCCCACCCAAACAGAGCAGAUUACGGUGUAUGUCCUAAACAGAGAAAGAGACGGGGGACUAGGAUUUUGACGUUGUGAAGAGCUUGCGGUUUGUUUCCAUGGUGAUAGUUCACCGUGAGAAGGUGAGUGGUCCGAGGCCAGCCUUCGGCUUUUGGUCCGUCACCCUUUAACUCCCCCCUCCCACCUUCACCACCCCGCUUCCUUCUCCUCCAAAGCCAUUGAGGUCCUCUUAGCCUUCCAAGUCUAGCCAGCCACACCCUCCUGGUCAUCCCUGCCCAUAGGGGGCGCCAUCUGUCUCUGAGCUCCGUCAAGUAACGCACGGUAAAAAAAAAAAAGAAGAAACAUAGCGGGAUAUCCGCCGCGUCGAUCUUUCGUUCGUUCGCUCGCGCGAGCAGAAGUGCGGCAAGCUCCAAAAGGGGGGGGACGAGAGAGUAUCGCCUGAAACUCGCGUUUAUGAUGCGCGAUUCGUCUUACCGUACGCGCGGUACGGUACGUCCUUCAACCAAGAGCGUCGUAAAAAUAAUUUAUAAAAAUAAAAUAUGGAUCAUCACUGUUUAUCUGCUGUGGCUGAUCACUGUAUUGCGUUACAUUCAGUAAAAAAAAAAAGGUACUGAUAGCUUUCUUAAUUUUUUAAAAAUUUCCAUGCCCUCAAAGCUUCAGUUGUUGUAUUCUGAUCGACUUUACGCUACCCUUCUUUAGCAAACAAUGUAUUUAUUAUGGUAUUGAACAGUUUUAAACAUUUCAGAGUAAGAUCUCCACGAUCUCCUUGAUUUAAAUUUACUGUGUUGUUUAUUUUUGUGUUAUGUUUUGGAUGUUUGGAGGUUGGAUUUUUCUUUUACAAACUGAAUUUAUUCUUCCCCCACACAGGCCGAUAUGUUGUGGUUUUAUAGAUCUACGCUGUUUGCUGGUUCUUUUGUUUGUAUAUUCUCGAAGGCCAUGCCAAAAUAAUAUUCUGCAGGCUGGUGGUACACCUAAGGACUGUUUUUGGGACUGAAACUUGAUUGCGCUUGUAUUACAAAAACAAACAAAAAAAAAAUAAGAAAAAAGUUAAUUCACACAGAUAUAUUUCAUAAGUGUUACAAGCACUGGAUAUAAAUGGUAUUUUUUAUCAGUUCUGAUUAAUGUGAAGCUGUUGUAUGAAAAAAAAAAAAAACAAGUUACCCGUUUGGACUCAUGUGAGCUUGUUCUCACAGUUGCCAGAUUCAUUUGAGUCAUUUUUUUCUGUCUAGUUAUUUUGUUUAUUUAUGCAAAAAAAAUCAUGUUAUGAAUGGACACUUUGUUUUGGCUCCAGAGCUGCCUGGCCAACCUGAGGGGACUUGUUGAGGUGCGGACAGAGACUGGCCAACUGAGAUUUGCUGGACUCCAGAAAUGCAGUUUUUUUAUUUUUUAUUAUCCCGUAUGUUUGUGUUGCAUAUUGUAUUUGAAAGCUAUAUAGUACAUAUGGAUAUUUUAUAGUAUUUAUUAGCCAGUCUUGGCUCUAAAAGUGUCAGUGCAAACAUGAUAAAAAAGGACAAUCAAAAUAAAGAUUAAAACAGUGAAAUUUAAACCCGGAAUUGGAGCUCAAAACAAAGUUUGUUCAGUUUUUUUUUUUACCUGAUAAAAUUCACCAUCUCAUCAUAGGUUUUCUUUUUUAAUUGUAAAUAUAACAUAGGAAAAUAGAUUUCUAUUUUUGUUCAUGAAUAUGUAGUGAAGUAUAAGUUAUGUAUUUUACUGUUUUUUUUUUUCUUCUUUUUUUGUUACAUCAGCGUAUGUAAUAAAUAUGGCAAGUCACUGUACCUUUUAAACGCUGAAUUUACAACCAUGAUGGAGAGAGUGCAGUAUUGGGCCUUGUAGCAGAGACGGUUUGGCUCCUCCCUUGUUUGUCUUUAAAAUACGGCUUCCUGUUCAGGCAGGAAGUGAUUCAAUAUGAGUGUUCUCUGGGGCAUUCAUUAAUACAUAUGGAAAACCGGAUUCGUACCCUACAAAGCAUUUGAGAUAAUUCUAGCAAUUUUUAAAAAGCAGCCUAAUCCCUUAUUGGCAAUACAAAUUUCACUUACAUAAAAAAACAACAACAAAAAAAAAACCCUAAGCAAUCCGAACAAUGUCAAAAGAUUCCUUGCGGUGGCUGGUGUACACAGCAAGCACUUAACGUGUAGAUGUUUUCUAUACAGAGUGUGUGUUUACAAGUAAUGUAAAAAUAAAUAAAUAAAAAAGACUUGAUCUGAUCUCAAUCGCUAGACUGGUAAGUUGUAUUUUAAGCAGCAGUUAAAACUAAAAUUGUAAAAUAAUAAAAAAACAAAUGUAGAAAUACUUUUUAAAUACAGAUGUGCAUGCAUUGUUUGCAUAUGGUUCUUUUUGUUUUGUUUUUUUGCUUUUUAAUAAUGGAAAUGAAUGGGUGAUGAGGCUAAACGAAACAGACACAAAGGUUUUUUUUAUUGAAAAACGCAAGUGAGGUUCUUGGUGAGCUUGUGAUAUGGGCCACGUGCAAAUAUGUAUCGGUGUGUGCGCUGCAUACGGCAGCGAUGUGAGGACACUUUCUGCCCGCCCUACUCGGUCCCCUUCGUGAUUUCGAUCUGACGUCACGCUAGCCUAGCGUCACGCUAGCCCGGCCGGCUGCUUGCGAGCAGCUUUUCUUCUUGUCGUUUAUUUUUCUCCAUUAUGGUCUUCGCCUGUGUAUUAAAAAAAAAAAAAAAAAAAAAAGAAGACAGGUGGAUGAAGACAAGUGUGUGUGUAAGCUGUUACUUGCAGAAUUUACUGUAACCCCCCCUCCCCUCCCCCCCCCCCAUCUGACCCCCCCCAACAUUGAAAUUUGUUUAUGAUGUAUUAUUGUGAGAUUUCGUUGUUUAUUUAAAUCAGCACAAUUCACGGACAUGCUGGACUGACAUGCUAGCUGCUGUUCAGAAGAGUGAAGACUUGCUGUCGGGGGAUGACCCGUGCUGUCUUCUAUGGUACUUUGCUUUUUAUUUUAUUUUAUUAUAUUUGAGUUUUUUUCCCAGCAACGGCACUUGUGGCUCUAGGCUCCUGUCUCUAGGGCUGCUGACCAGGCUCUUAUCAGAGUAGAAAUUGUGUUCUCAGCAGAGGUACCAUGGACAUUACUAGAGAUAAUAAAAUUAGUGUCUGUUGCUGCUUUGACAGAAAGAAAAAAUAAUGUUUUAAAUCUGAAAAUGUACAUAGUUUAUCAGAAUAUCUUGUACAGUCCAAGUGUAAAGUUUUUAAUUGAACUUAAAAAAGGUUGCCAUCACAUUUGUGUUCAUGCCCUUUAUACAGUAAAAAAGACAGCUAUUUGCUAAGGAUAUUAUUGUUUUAAAACAAAAAGAAAACAAUACAAAAAAAACUUGUCUUUUUUUCUGUUUUGUUUCUGUUUUGUUUUUUUUUUUUGUUUUUUUUGGGCUUGGCUUCAAAUGUAAACCAGCAAGUCAUCGGUUUUCAUGUGCAGUAUUGUCGUGAGAUAAACUUAAAGGUAAAAUAAUUCUACAGUGGUACGUACAGAGACCUGUCUCCUGUUUUGUUAGUAUUAAUAUAUCAAAGACAAAACACCAGUUGAGUGACACAUUCAGGUGUAUUUAGACACCUUAGCUUUGUGUACAAAUUCUUUGGCCUGUUUUCCCACAGGAUCAAUUAUUGACAUAGUAUUGUAUCACCAUCAAAAAUAUGUAUAUACAUAUGUACAUAUAUACACCUGUCCAGUCGACGGAACAUGGCAGGGGAGGGUUCUUUUUUGGGGGGGAGAGGGUAGGUAUGUGUUACUGCCUGUUUAAGCUCAUUUUACCUCAAGAAUACCCUCCUUUCCCUAAAAAAACAAAAACAUCAACAAAAACCCGUCUCACCAUCACUCCAUCUUUUGUACUGCUGUUGACACUUACAAAUUAAAGAGAAAUUUUGUUUUAA